AUGACCGAAGUCGCUGUCGCAGAUCCCGAGCACACUGCUCUCCAGACGGCAAAGGAUCUCUUUGCCGGCGCUGUUGGAGGCGUAGCUCAAGUCCUCAUCGGCCAACCCUUUGACAUCGUCAAGGUCCGUCUCCAGACCUCCAACCAGUACCCCUCAGCCUUCUCAGCAGCCACCUCAAUCUGGAAGAACGAGGGCGCCCUCGCCUUCUACAAGGGAACUCUCACGCCCCUCCUCGGCAUCGGCGCCUGCGUGUCCAUCCAAUUCGGCGCCUUCCACCAGGCCCGUCGAUGGCUUGAGCAGCGCAACGCCGCAGCCGGCUCCCCCUCCGCCCUCUCUUACUCGCAGUACUUCGCCGCGGGUGCCUUCGCCGGCGUCGCUAACUCUGUGCUCUCGGGACCCAUUGAGCAUGUGCGUAUUAGGCUGCAGACGCAGCCACAUGGCGCCGCGCGCCUGUACUCGGGCCCUCUCGACUGCGUGAAGAAGCUCGGUGCUCAUGAGGGUGCGUUGAGGGGUAUCUACCGCGGGGAGGCCGUGACGAUCUGGCGCGAGGCCUUCGCCUACGGUUUCUGGUUCCUCACCUUCGAGUACCUCAUGAACGCCGACGCUCGACGCAACGCCAUCGACAGGAAAGACGUCCCCAGUUACCGCGUUGCGUUCUACGGCGGUCUUGCCGGCGAGGUCCUCUGGUUGGGUAGCUACCCCUUCGACGUGAUCAAGAGCAAGAUGCAGACGGAUGGUUUCGGCGAAGCGAGGAAGUAUAGUACUAUGAGGGAUUGCUUUGCGAAGACGUGGAGGGCGGAGGGGGUGAGGGGGUUUUGGAAGGGGAUUGGGCCGACGCUGUUGAGGGCUAUGCCUGUGAGUGCGGGGACUUUUGCUGUUGUUGAGAUGACGAUGAGGGCGAUCAACUAG